AGGGCUGCCGCGCCAGCUGACUAAUCGAUAUCGUCACCUAUCGAUAUCGAGAGCCAGCGCACACACAGUGCAAAAGAGUUUGCGAAAAAAACCUGGACAAAAACUCAAAUUGAUUGUGAGCCGAGCAGCUUGAGGCAGUAGGAGUACCCCGUCGACCAGUGCCGUGGAGCCUCUAACCCCCGUGGUUGUGGCGGCACCAACAAGCAAACGAAACCAUCGCCACUGCAGUUCUCCCAGCUUCCACCUCCUCCAACUCCGUCUUGGGGGCCAAAGGCAGAAAAUCAUCAGACUUCUGGUUGAGAGCAGCGCGAGACAGCGGGGACGGCACUGGCCUGCUGGGUUUAGCGUGGAAGUAAACAAACGAAUUGGAUUCCGGGUGUAGGACGGACGAACGGGGCGUGGCUCGUUAACCAGCGGCUUGGUAAACAAAACCGGAGGCGGCAACAAGUAGGCGACAGGCAUGGACGUGUCCCUCACUGAGCCGGAGACGCGCUUCUACAGUGAGUUGUUCCAAUGCUGCGACGUGGAGAACACGGGCAAGGUGCCCAUGCUUAAGGCCACCGAGCUCUUUCGCUCCGCGGACAUCGCCAACGAGACCGUGAUUGAGAUCACCGGUCUGGCGGGGAUUCCCUCCACGGCUCUACACAUCUCGCGGACACAGUUCUACUCAUGCCUGAAGCUAAUCGCUGCUCAUCAGGCGGCCAUGCCCCUGCGCCAAGAGCUGAUUUUGGCCACGUUUCCGCUUCCACUACCGCACUUUAGCUGGAAGGAGACGGUUACAGCUCCGGUGGCUGUCGAAAAUGGAUUGACUGCUUUGCCGCCGCCGCCACCCACAGAUCGCAGAAAUUCACUGCGUCGCAACUCGCAGCAAGAGCAGCUGCAAGACACCUCUGAUGUGCCCAGCACCGACUCCGAGGUGGAGCAGAACGAAUCAGUGGACGAUGCGACAGGCCACGGACGAGGCACGGAUGGCAGUGGGGUCGUCAGCAGCAGCAGCCGCGAAAAUGUCGGGCGUCGAAGAGGAGGCGGUACUGGAGGUGGAUCGCCAGAAGCCUGGAGCACUAACAGUGACAGCCCCACGCCCACCAACAGCGUGGCUGAGCGACCUUGGGCGCAGGACACCCUCUGGCAGGGUUUGCUGGGCGAUGAGCAUCGCCAGCUGUUGGGCACGGAAGAAGAGUCUUCCGAUCGCCACAGCAGCGACGACGAAGACAACGAGAGUGAAUUGGUGACCAUUUACCAGAUAACUCCGGAACAGCGUGAGUACUAUAACAAACAGUUCAGGACGGUGCAAAGGGAUCCGCAUGGUCUGCUUUCUGGCCAAGCAGCAAGAAACUUCUUCGAAAAAAGCCGCAUUCCUGUGGAGGAACUGCGUCACAUAUGGCAGUUGUGCGACGUUACUCGCGAUGGAGCGCUAAGUCUGUCUGAGUUUACGGCCGCCAUGCAUUUGGUGGUCCUCAGGCGCAACAACAUUCCCUUGCCCACAAGUCUGCCCCAUUGCUUGCAUCCCAACGUGUUGCAAGCGGCUGCGUCCGGCAGUGGACAGGGGGUGACAUCCUCUUCGUCGGCUGCGCUGCCUCAGGAGCCACCUGAGGCUGAUCUCCUGCACCUAAAUGAUGACGAUGAGGACGACCACACGGAUAAUACAAUCAUAGCCGGCAAUCUCAGCGGCGGUAGUGCAACCAGCAAACCGCGUCCCAAUGUGCCCAGCGACAAAAACAUCAUGAAUCUGAGCAGCAUCUCCACGUCCUCCCAGGCUAGCAACAGUUCCAGGCUUGAGGCAACACCGCAAAAUUCUUUGGGAAAGAACCGCAGCAUCUCAAACUCGCCGAAUGCGGAAAAACCUGUGGCGGGAACUGUUUCUUCUACGUCCAACGCUGUAGACUCGACCAACGUCUCCAGUCAGUGGACAAAGUUUAGCGAAUCUCCAACAACAAGUGCUGUUUCAGUACAGUCAACCACUGGGGCAGCACCUGUUGUAGCCGCCGGAGCAGCGGCUCCUGGCGCCUCUAGUCCCGGGCUCAAGCCAGUCCUGUUUGACAUGAAACGCUCGGCCCAAGACGUGGUAUCCAAUCCGCAGAUCCUGCACCCAGUGCCGCUAAGAGUGACGCCAAUAGGCACCGCCAUCGCUUCCUCGGCUGAGUCAUCUAACGAUAACGAGAGCGCUGUGGCUCAGCGCGAGGAUAGUCCCAAGGCCAUCUCUUCGACUACUGUCAAUAAUCAGUCAUCUGCUGUUCUACCCGGAGUUGCUGGCUCACACCGCGAUAGCAGCGAUCUGCGUGCCAUCCAACGGCCUCAAGCUAAAAAGUUGCCGGCCAAGAACAGUGCAUUGCCACCGCCACCGCAACGUGAGCCCAGUAUCGGAUCCACUGGGCCAAGUGAGCUGCCUGAACCGCAGGCUGCCUACGUGGCAUCAUCUUUGGCGUCGAAGAAGGAGCCACCACCCCUGCCACCGCCUAGGCCACAUCGACAUGCGCGAAGCAGCAGUCUGGACUUAAACAAGUUUAAAAUAGGCGCGACGGGCGGUGCCCAGCAGGCGGAGAUCACCGCGCAGGCCAGCUUCGAUAUGCAAACCUCAACGGGGUUUGCCGAUUUCACGCACUUUGCCGACGAAGGUGCCGCGAACGUCGUGGACGAGCAGCAGCUUCACUCCUUGCCGCCGACCGCACCGCCGCCACAGGCAGCAGUGGUGCCGCCCACAAGAAUCACUCUUCAGCAGGCUCAGCAGCGUAUUUCUGCCUUCGAGGUUUACCGAAAGCCGCAGACGCCACGUGGAUCGCAAUCGCCACCCCAGCAGCCGCCACCGCCGGCUCCAGCUGUGGGAUUGACUACCCAAACUGGUCAACUGCCCAGUGCUGAGAGCUUUGAGAAGCGGGUAACCGCCAUAAGUGACUCGCUGCGCCACGUGUCCUUCAAGCAGGGCCAGGCAAAUACCACAGAAGUGCUGCAACGGCUGCGAGAGCAGAACAACUCUCUGCUCCACCUCUGCAACGAUUUAAGCGACGAACUCUUGAGCGUCCAGACGCGCAAGGAGGAGAUGCGUCUCAAGCUGGAGGGACUUAAUGCCAUUGAUAGUACAGGGCGAACGAGCUCCUCGAUUUGCGCACCGGUGACAGCAAACGUAACCGGUGGUUCCUCUGGUUCGGCAGGAGCUGCUUACACCAACGUUUAAGCAGCGAAAAUUAUCAUGUUUACUAGGGUGAAUCGAUUUUUUUUUUUUUU